AUGGUAUUAUUUUCCAGCAUGGCUUCUUUGAAUGAAGAUGACAUUUAUGCAAUAUUAUCCAAAGUGGGAGACGAGGAAGAAGUGGUUCCUCCAAAUGAUUUGGACAGUGAAGUUGAGGAUAUUUUAGAAACAGAUAGUGAGGAACCUACAGAUGCUUCAAGCGAUUCUGAUGACGAACCACUUCGAGCAUCAAAUAUUAGUUGA